GCAAAUAGAACGCGCGAAUAGCUUUACUGAUAAGUAUUUCAGUCUUGCCUAUGCGAAAUCGUCGAACACUCGAACGCUCUGGUUCUUGGGCACUUGUCUUUAUCUCUCCUGCCUAUGCCAUGGAAUACCAACAGAGGGUCGACGAGCUACAAGAAAUAUAUUCUAGGCAAGUCACUCCUACCGGCACAGUAUCAUCGAAUAUACCACCAGCCGAAAAGUCCAUAAAUGGCAGGGCCAAACAUUGCAAGCUCUUUAAUCAUGCACUUGCUUCGACAUUGCAAAAUGCUUCUAUGGCAGCGCAGCUAUUUCCAUUCGACUCCAAGUUAAAGCAUGCGAUUGGAAUCCAUAGAAGUCUGUUUCAGUCAAAAUCUUCUGGGUACAAAUUCUUCCCUGUCAAAUUACAUCUGGAUCACCCCGCCUUGCCCUCUUUUGACUCGCAAUAUAUCAGAGAGCUUCUAAAGCUUGACGGUAUUAUGAGAGGUCGAAAGUGGGCUUUACCAGAAACUGACGAUGCCGUUAUCCAAAUAGAAACAACUACUAUGUCUGGGCUAUCGCCGCUAGAUCUCGGAGGCGCCGACGGUCAUCCAUCUGUCAAUAUCGCAGGGGUAUGGCAGGUGAAUUUCCUCACUGCGUUCGACGCUGCUCGUUUCGUCCGUGUCUGGCAUCAGAAGCCCCUUGCAGUAUUUGGAAAUAUAUCCCUUGAUAAACCCGACAUAUAUGUCAAGGCAGAGUGCAUUUUCUAAUACAUAUUAUCACUCGAUGUUUUGCGUUCGGCGCAUGAAGCUUUUACAAGAAUGGAAUUGAGAUUACAACCAGAUAUGGAAUACUAUCACAA